AUGACCCUCACGGACACCCAUACUUUGUAUCCGGAUUAUUUAUAUCAUUAUCCGUGCUUCAAGAAAGUCCAGAUUGCUGCGGUGAAGCGUCAAAUCUUCCACCCUAACUUACCAACACUGAGAGCUAUGGACCGAGACACCGUGCUGUGUAAGUUGCCAGAUGAACACUGCCAGUCAACCACGUGCUGCACGCUGGCCGAUUUCAGCGAGGCUAAUGUCAAGGGUCAUAGGUUGCCUAGGUUAAGGAUUGUGUGCCCAGACGUCACAGAAACCGCUAGGGAGCCCAGUAGAGUCUUCAACAGUUCCCGGGAUAUUCAAAAAGGAUUCUCCCUCUGGUCCCAGUACCUGGACAGUCCGUCAUUGUUCACUGACCGGCCCGAGGACCGACUGCUCCACAAAAGAAACUAUGACCCCAAUGCGUUGCACUUCAACGGCCACCAGAUCAAACCACAGGUGGUUAUUGAGAGGAACAUCAGGAUGACACUAAGGUCAGAACCCCGACUGGACCAUCGUGGUCAGCAGCAACAGCAGCCAACCCCGUCAGAGAUCAAGUCUCGCUAUCGGCACGAGUACCCCGUGUUUUACCGGGAUAUGUCCAGUCAGCCCUGGUACAGCCCGUCGCCAAGGCCGCAACACCACGAUCCACCGCUUGUGAGAAUAUUAUAG